CAAGCCCGGCUUGGAUUUCAUUCAACCGUAACACACAGGCCUAGAAACACGUCAUGGAUCCGCGAGUUAUAGUUGCAGUUCUUUCGGUUUUGGUCCUGACAGACCUGACUGUCGCCUAUGAGGUGAUUAAGGGCAACGGAAGCUGUUUCGAAGUAGUUAAGACCAUGCUUGACCACUUUAUGGAGUUGAAAUCGGACGCCGAUAAGAGUAAUGAACUUAAAUACCAAACAGAACUUCAAAUUAAAGAUGAGCUAAUUAAGAGUAAAGAUGAACAAAUAAAAGCAUUGAAAGAUCUGAAUAAAAGGAACGAUGAACAAAUAAAAGCAUUAACCGAUCUGAUUAAAAGCAACGAUGCUCGUAUAAGAGCCCAAAGUGAAAUCGAAGAGCUGAUAAGGAUUAAAAAUAGUGAAAUUGAGAAAAAAAACAAUGAAAUUGAAAGAAAAGAAACGCUUAUAAAUUCAUUAAAAAAUCAAAUAAACGAAAAAAGUGAGGAUCUUAAAAAAGCUGGUAAGGAAAAAGAUGAAUUUAAUAAAAAACUACUUAGUUGUUUGGACAAUAUUAAUAAAACCAAGAAUUCGUUGAUGGAAAAAGAAAAGGAGAUCCAGGAAAAAAAAGAGGAGAUUAAAAGAAAAGACGAUCUACUGAAUGAAAAAGAUGCAGAAAUCCAGGAGAAGAUUGAACAGGCAAAAAGCAAGGACUUCCAAAAUAAGGACCUAACAAAUCAAAUAAAUGUUUUAUCCCAAAACUUAACUAUAACAAUUGAAAAACUUGGAAAGAGCGUUGACCCAAAUCCUUGUAAAAACGUCAGCAAGGACAUAUACCAAAUAAGGCUUCCGGGAGUGAGUGCAUUUGAGGCUCCUUGCAAUGGAUCUGGAUGGAUGGUAAUUCAGAGGCGGAUUGACGGCAGCGUGGAUUUUAAUCGCAAUUGGACUGAAUACAGAGAUGGGUUUGGAAAUUUGACAGGAGAGUUUUUCAUAGGCUUGGAGAAAUUGCACCUCAUAACUCAGUCGGGGCAGCAUGAACUGCUUAUCCGUCUGGGAAAAGUGGACGGGUCCACUGCUUUCGAAAAGUAUGAUAAUUUCAGGAUUGGCAGUGAGAAGGAUUCCUAUCCAUUGGAAUCGGUUGGAAUCCCCACUGGAGGUGCAGGCGACUCCCUUACAAAGCACCAUUUGAACAUGAAGUUCUCCACUAUUGACAGGGAUAACGACGAGGAUGCCUUCAAUUGCGCCAGAAGGUUGGGUGGUGGCUGGUGGUUUAAUAUCUGUGGACACAGCAGCCUAAACGGAAGGUUCAACAAAGAUGGUAAAGGGAAGUCUAAGAAUGGGAUAAUAUGGGGAAGUUGGCACAGAUACGAUUAUACUGUUUCACUUACAUUUGUUGAAAUGAUGAUAAGACCCAAACCCUUUUAGGAGCAUUUUGGAUGAUGGAAAUUUUGGAACUCUGAAACUGAAAAAAUUAUUAUACUCUCUCCAGGAUACCACCAGGACAUUUUAAACGUAUAUCAAAAAGAUAAAAUUAAAAAAAAUUUAAAAUAUAUCUUCUUUUUAUUCGAAUGCUUUUGCAGUAAAAUAACUUUAUUGCAGUAAGGAAGAUGAACUGUAAGGACUUUUUUCUUUCAGUGGAUUAAUUACUACAAUUGUAUGAGAUGAAAUUCAACUGAAAUUGAAUUUGUUAGCCUUUUUUAUACUGUUUUUUUUAGCCUUAUUAAAAAUAAAAUAAAAAUUUGUCAAAUGUGUUUUUUGAAAAAUAGGAUGAAAUUAUUUUUUAUUUAUUAAACAAUUCUGUUGAAGAUAGGUUUUUUUCCCUCAGAAAUUGUAAUUUAUUAUCGAAACGAGAAGAAACCUAUUUAAGAAGUCCUAUUAAAAAAAAUAGAAGUUCCAUAACUUGUUUCUGUCCUGAAAUCGCCCCCUUCGAUCCCCAUUGAAAUAAAGAAACUGCUGCAACACUUGAGUUUUGAAAAUAUUAAAGGCGAUAAAAGGAUUUCUUUAAAAAUUCGAAUAACAUCGUCCAUAUUUUUCGUCUCUAGGGAGUACGAAUGGCAGCCCCACGGCACGGAUUAAGGACGUCCUGCAGGCUUUAGAGGAUUUUGAGCAAGUCUUGGACGGCAGUCUACGAGGUGACGACCUGCAUGCCUUGGUGUGCGCGAGGAGACUCUAUUAUAACCGAAAAAUUAAAAAUGUAGGCAUCCGAUCAGAAUGAAUUAUAUAACAAUCGAAAGGUAUUUUUUGAAUUAGUUCAUUUUUGUCCAAACUUUUUCCAAAUGUUAUUCAAGAAAUUCGAUUUUUACAGCUCUUUCCCUCGAAAUAAGAAAUAAUACAGUAAAACUUGACUUGAAAUUAAGUGUUUCUGCCUUUAAGAUGUUAUCACUUAAGUUUGCUCUAAAAAAGUUGUUCUUAUAUGUAUACAAAAACAUAUUUGUAUUGUUUCGUUUGUUAAAAAUAAUAUUUUAUAUUUUCAUUCGUUGCCAGCCAAGCACUGCCCUAACUUUAUGAAAGUCACUUGGGCACACCUAGGAAGGAUGCUAAGCUCUUGCCAAAAAGAAAAUACCAUCCUCCCAACCCAUAGGCAGCUUGGACAAUAACUUGCAUAAGUUGGCUCGAUUGGAAAUUUAGUCGCCAAACACCCACACAAAAACAAACUCAAACUCAGACACACAUCCACAAACCUGGCUUGAACCUCGGAAGUUUCUGCAUUGAAAGUUUACUGACCGGAAACGGCAUGCAAUUUUAUCCAUGGCGAAGGCAGGUUUCCUUAUUUUCUUCUUGACUCUUUUUUAGUUUUUUUUUUGGAUUUACUACCCAGAACUCGAGGGGUACAAGGGUGUGUGGUAUUCGUUGAAAUUUAUUUAAAUAUAAGAACGUGUUGAUGGUGAUCUGAAAGUGCAUCAAGCAUAAAUAUGUACAUAUGUAUAAUAUUCUUAAUCAGCAUCUGACGGACCGUUCAUCCGUCUUUCCGUAGAAACGUGGACCUCAGACGUGGAUCGCAGAGACAAUUUGAUUAGUUCAGUUUAAUAUUAUCAACUUUUAUAUUUUAAUAGUCCGCGGAGUAUUUAAAUGAUAAUUUUACUAAACUUAAAUUUUAAAUGAUCUUAUGUGCUUAAGUUUAAAAAGUUUUAAUUUCUGUUAAAUGUAAUCAAAAUAUAAAAGUUGAAUUCUUACUAGAAAGCUUUGAGUUUUAAAAAUGUUGAAAAACUCUAAAUAUUCUACCGGAUGUGACCUUCAUUCCGAUAGAUAAUAACCUUGGGAUAACCUUUAUACUGAUAAUAACCUUGGGAAACACCCAAACUGUUCAAAUCAAUUAAGAACGUGCGCUCAGAGUCUUCGUUUUGAGAUAACCCCGGCAUAGUUUUAAUUCAACCGAAACAUACAUACAUAUGUAUAUGUAGUGAUCUGAAAGCACGUCAUGGAAUCGCGGGUUAUAGUUUUGAAACUAUAUGGUUUUGGUCCUGACAGACUUGAUUGUCCGAAAAAAGCCGCUGAAGUUGUUAAGCCAAUAUUAAACCAUUUUAUAGAGUUGAAAAUGGCCGCGCAUAACAGCCGGUUAAAAGAUUUGAUAAAUAAAAUUAAUAUAAAAGAUGAAAAAAUAAAGGCGCUGAUUGAAAGCAGCGAAGAGCAAAAAAACACAAUAAACACUCUGACCAAAAACAACGAUGCCCUGAUAAAAGCACAAAGUGGCAAUGAAGAGCUGAUAAGGAUUAUUAAAAGUGAAAUAAGCCAGAAAAACAAUGAAAU